AUGACACGAGGAGCGAGAGAGACAACCCGAGAGCAUGCAGAAAUUAGUGAUGAGAGUAUUGCGACUACUGCUCCCCUGAUAUCAGUCAAGCAGGAAGACGGCCGACCAUCUCGGUUGUCCCCUACAGCUUCGUUUGCCGGUGCGGUGUUCAACCUCUCGACGAACAUCAUAGGAGCUGGGAUCAUGGCUCUGCCGGCCGCCAUGAGAGUCUUAGGGCUCGUCCCUGGAAUCAUCUUGAUCAUAUCUGUUGCCAUCCUCACCGAUGCUUCGAUUGAGAUGCUAAUCCGAUGUAGCCGUGCCGCAAAUAAGUCUACUUAUGGGGGAGUCAUGGGGGAUGCAUUCCGUAAGAUAGGGAGGAGAUUGCUCCAGACUACAGUGGUCCUCAACAAUGUAGGCAUCUUGACCGUAUACAUGAUCAUUAUUGGUGAUGUACUCUCUGGAACAUCUGCUGGUGGUGUCCAUCAUUUUGGCUUAUUGGAAGGAUGGUUUGGAGUACAUUGGUGGAAUUCCCGUGCUUUAGUUCUACUUCUCACUACAGUUGCUAUUUUUGCUCCGUUGACAUGUUUUAAAAGAAUAGAUUCAUUGCGAAUAACAUCUGCUGCAUCAGUUGCACUUGCUAUAUUUUUUGUUGUUGUUACUGCUGGGAUUGCCAUCUUUAAGUUAGCAGAUGGGACCAUACAGAUGCCAAAAUUGUUUCCACAUCUGACUGAUCUGCCAUCAAUCUUGAGACUUUUGACAGUGGCCCCUGUUAUUGCCACCUCAUAUAUCUGCCAUUACAAUGUUCACAGCAUUGACAAUGAACUUCAUCGCUCUACUCAAAUUCACCGAGUGGUUCGGAUAUCACUAGCCCUAUGCUCUGCUAUCUACAUUACUACAAGCUUCUUUGCCUUCCUUCUCUUUGGAGAAUCCACCCUUGAUGACGUGCUGGCAAAUUUUGAUUCUGAUAUUGGCAUUCCAUAUGGUUCUAUAGUCAAUGAUGCUGUCCGAGUGAGCUACUCUCUGCAUGUCAUGCUUGUAUUCCCUGUGAUUUUCUUUUCACUGCGGCUCAACUUGGAUGGCCUCCUCUUCCAUAAUGCUACUCCAUUAGCUUCAGAUAACCGAAGGUUUGCCUCCAUAACUAUCCUCCUCCUUGCAGUCAUAUACUUGGCUGCAAACUUUGUUCCUAGCAUAUGGGAUGCUUUUCAGAUCAUUGGUGCAACCGCUGUAGUGUGCAUUGGGUUCAUUUUUCCAGCCUCCAUUAUUCUCAAGGAUCCUCAUGGCGUAGCAACUAGGGGUGAUAAAGUUCUAGCUAUUUUCAUGAUUGUGGUUGCUUUGGUAUCAAGUUCAGUGGCUAUGUACAGUGAUAUAUUCUUGCAAAAUAGAAAGAAUCCAUAGUCUCAAUCUCUUGAUAUAAAGAUUGGUCUAAAAUUGUAUCUGUUUCCAUUAUUGUGCUUGCAUUGAUGUCAGGUUCAGCGGUGGCCAUACAAGAGCAAUGUAAUUUUGACAAACAUGGCUUCUGGAAAAUGGUGGUUGUAAACUGAUUGAUGUUGCAUUACAAGAUAUUCCUUGUAUGAGGAUGGAUUAUCCUUAUGCUUAAGUAUGGCAUAGAAAUUAUGUUGAUUUACUAAACUAGGUACUUUAUCCAUGUAAUUACCAAGCUCAAACUAAUGUAAUCCCAGUUGGAUUUUA